AAAUCUUAAGUUAGGAGAAAUUGUUGACGAAUAAAAUAAAGAUUGCAUCUCAAAUCGAGGCAUAUGUUCGAGAUAUAUUUGCUUUUACAUUUUUAUAAAUGAGUUUUUUUAUUAUUAUCGUUUAAUUUAGCAUUUAAACGCAGGAACAUUGACUCGCCAACUUUUUUGCCAUCCCUUUUUAAAAAGAAGUGAAAAACUAAAAAUAUCUUUAAAAUAAAUUUGCCCUUAGUAAGGAAGUAAAUACGAGAUUACUGUUUCUUCGAUAUUAAAUUAAAAUUAAAUGAAGUUAUGAGAAAGUAUAUUAUAAUAUAUUAUGUGUUGUCGUUGCAAUUAUAUGAGUGGUCAGUGUGACGAAGAAAAGAACAUAUCGGACUAAAAAGAAGGUGAAGGUGUUUGUACUCUUCUCCUCUUACCACAACAGCUCCUAUAAUAAGCAAGACGAAAUAACUGCUUAAAAAGAGGGGACUAAAAAACCUUUUUUUAUAAAAAAAUUGUACUAACCAUAAGAUUAUCCUGAAUAAAGACGCGUCGUUUACAAUUCCAUAUAACCAUACAAGUCGUUCAAUAAUAAUCACCCAAAUAAGCUUCAAUACCUAGCUAUUUAAUAUUCAAAUGGAUACUUCAAAUGUAGGACGGCGACGAGUUAAUUCUCGUAUAAAUGCUGAAGAUCAGGCGUUAGAUCAAAUUGCCAAAGAGGCGGAGGCCCGUUUGGCAGCACGAAGGCAGGCGAGAGCUGAGGCACGCGAAAUACGUAUGCGUGAGCUAGAGAGGCAACAAAAGGAACAAGAGCAGAAUGCGGAUCGUGUGUUUGAUAUGCAUAAUUCCUCGGGAAUUGAUACAAUAUCGCGUAAUAGAAUUAGUUUAGGAUGUUCGCUCAUCAGUGGUUUGCUUAACACAGCCCGUGGUAACUCAAUGUCUUCUAGGCGCAGUAGCGAAGAUUCAUUAGAAGAAGAAGGGCGAAGCUUAAGAGAUAUACGUUACGAACUAAGGGGAGUGGAGGAGAGGUUUCGUAAAGCUAUGGUAGCCAAUGCUCAACUGGAUAAUGAACGUACCUCACACACAUACCAAAUUCAAUUGUUGAAAGACAAAUUGGAAGAAAUGGAGGAAUCAUAUGCUCAAUUGCAACGUGAAUUUAGGGAAAAAUCCCGAGACUGCAACGUGCUAAAGCGCACUAUAGAUAAAUUAAGCGAAGAUCUAAAAUUGGUGCAAGGUCAGUUAUGUGAGCGAGACACUUUAAUUGCGGAGCAAGGCUUGGUUGUAGUUGCUAUUGAAAACGAAGACGGCACCGAUGCCAGGAGAGCACUAGUCAGUGUUGAAAAUGCAGAAUUGUUAGGUUCUGUACAAGGUUCAUUAGAUGUUCGGCUAAAAAAAUUUAACGAAGAGAAGCAGCUGCUUCAGGCUGAUUUGCAACUUCUCCAAGAAAAAUUAGAGACGUUCAAAAGCUCGGGAAGAGGACGCGUUAAUACAACUAAUGGCCCAUUUAGUUCUGAAGACGAUUAUGAAGCUCAAAGGGAGACUAAUAAAAUCAUAUCUGAUUACAAGUAUAAAUUACAAAAGGCCGAACAAGAAAUUGCUAACCUGCAAGCUAGCUUAGCUCGAUCAGAAAGCCAAGUUAUUCGCUAUAAGAGCACCGCAGAAGCUGCUGAAAAAGCAGAGGCUGAAUUAAAAAUAGAAAGAAGGAAACUGCAAAGAGAGAAUCGUGAAGCUAUGGAAAAGUUGGAAGAAUUGGAAACAUCAAAUAAUCACUUAUUGAAACGAUUGGAUAAAUUAAAAAAUGCGAAAAGCGCUCUCCUAAAAGAUCUUUGACCGGUUUAUGUAACAGAACAAAGUUCGACAGUAACUCAAAUUACAACAGGAGGGCCUGUUUCAUCAAUACUGUCAUCGCAUUGUCAACACAGGUGUCAGUUGUUGACAUCUGUAAAGCCGAGCCAUCAUGAAGAGCCAAAAAGCUUUGUCAGACUACAACAAACCAAUGAAAGCAACGGCAGUAACGUUUCUUAAAAUAUAGGGCAAAAAUCACUUAGCUGUUGUAAAUAUUUUUACAUCACGAAGUCGUAAAUACUAACUUCUGCUGCAAACAUAUGCGUAAUAUAGUACAUUGAAAUAUUUCGUCAGUCUUACUACAGACAUAUAUAAAAAUUAUAAU